AUGAGUAGUUUCUUCAAUGUCAAGUUCCGAUUAACACUGACCAUAGGUGGCUCUGUAGCCAGUACCAUGAGCAUUGUCGAGCUUAUGACCAUUCUAAAGGAAAUGCAGAAGCAAAUGACAGAUCUGGUGACUGUUCCUGUUAACAAAGAAGGUAGCAGAGUUGAGGCAGCCCUCGGCCUGAGCAUGGAGAAAUCUCUCAAGUCUAACUGUGAUGCUCUAAGGAACUGCAACCAAGAGGAGAACAAGAAACAGAAGUUAGAACGGGAUCGCAUGAAGCAGAUAACAAGUUCAAUCUCGGGCUCUAUGAACACGAAGUGUUCAUCCAUGUUCAAGAAUACAUUGAAGCAAGAAAUUGCUGCAAUAGGACCAGCAGGAUCUCGCGCAAUUACCCCAAUUUUGGAGAAGACCGUUUCUUCAGCUAUUGCUGAUUCAUUUCAGAGAGGGGUUGGAAACAACGCAGUGAAUCAGUUGGAGAAAUCCGUCAACUCGAACCUUGAAGCGACAGUGACCAGACAAAUUCAGGCACAAUUCCAAACAUCUGGGAAGCAAGUUUUUCAGCUAGCAUGCGAUAUUGGAAACAAUACCUCCCAGAAGCUAGAUUGGAUGGUAGACGUUGUUGUUGCUAUAGAUCCAGUGGACCCAACAAUUGUGGCACAUGGGCGGCCAAUAUUUGAACAGGUUCAUCAGAUAUUGGACCACCAGCGGGUGCUCCCGACCACCACCACAGCUGAAAGAAGCAGCAUCCGCCUCAUAAUGUGUGCAAUCAAUUCAGUAUUGAAGACCUGCAAAUGA